AUGAGUGCAGCGCAGGAAUCAUCAUUACCACCGCGGCCGCAAGGUUCACGAGGCGGCUCCUCUUCCAAUCGACGAGGAGGACACUCAUCGAGAGGCGGAAAUAGCGGCGGAGGUCGACGAGCCAACUUUGGUGGCUCUCUUACCGGCGGCAACGCUUCAGGCUCUGGCUCGAACUCGAACAGAGGCCGCUCGAACCAUCAUUCUAGACCUUCUAGACCGCCAAGGAAUCAGGAUCACCAUGACGACACAAACGAGUCCAGCAUAGACGAGCCAACGUCUGCAGCAGGCGCGCCAAUCGAACCGGUACCCACGGAGCCUCAGAGCAACACCGUCGAUGACGACGACGACGAGCUUCCGCCCGAAGGUGAGCUCUGCUUCAUCUGCGCAGACCCCAUCAAGCUCACCUCGGUCGCACCCUGCGAUCACCGCACCUGUCACAUCUGCGCCCUCCGUCUCCGUGUCCUCUACAAAAAGGACGAGUGUACCUUCUGCAAGACCAAGAUCGAACGUCUCAUCUUCACCUCCUCGACCACAAAACCCUUCGCCGACUUCAAACCCUCCGACAUCCCCUACACCGACAAGAAGCUGCCUAUCAGCUUCGAAACGAAGGAGGCACUCGAGGAGACCGUGCUGCUGCUUCGCUUCAACUGCCCCGACCCCAACUGCGAAGUCGCCUGCACCGGUUGGAAGGACUUCAAAGCACAUGUCCGUCGCGAGCACAACCGACUCGUCUGCCAACUCUGCAUCACCAACAAGAAGAUCUUUGCGCACGAGCACACGCUGCACACCGAGCAGUCGCUCGCAGCACACGAGAAAGCCGAACACAGGCUCUGCGAAUAUGACCGCCUCCUCUUCUACAGUGACGACGAGCUGUUCGCGCACAUGCGGGACAAACACGAGCAAUGCCACAUCUGCAAAGCGCGCGGGAGCGAGGAGGAACGGUGGAAGUACUACAGGGACUACGACAUGCUCGAAAAGCAUUUCAGGAAGGACCAUUGGUUGUGCGAGAACAAGACGUGCCUCGACGAGAAGUUCCAGGUGUUUGAAAACGAGAUGGACUUCAAGGCGCAUCAGCUCGACCGGCACGGUAACGAGCUCAGCACGCGCGAGAAGAGGGAGGCGUUGCGCAUCGAGGCCAACUUUUCGUACGACGAUGGUGGAGUGGAGAGUUCGCGGUCGGGUGCCAACCGUGGUGCUGGUAAGAAGUCCAAAGGUCGAGCCAACGGUGCAACGGAAGCCGAUGCGGCGCCGCAGAACCGAGAUGUGCUGGGCGUAUCAGCCCUAGCCUCCCGCUCACACGUGCCCGGGGCAGGGCCUGCCAAUCACGCAUCCCGACGCGCCAUGUUCGGCUCGGGGCUCACCACCCCCGCCCCACCGCAGGGCGUCUCCGCCGAUCGCCCGCGCACAGUCACCGACUCGCGCUCCAUCGAAGAGCGUCACCAGGCCUACAUGGACAAGGUCUCCUCGACGCUUCAGUCCGAAUCCCGCAUCACGUCGUUCCGUCACUCCGUACGCGUCUUCAAAAACGGCGAGUCCUCCGCACGAGAUCUGAUCUCAACGAUCCACUCGCUCGUGGGAGAGAUGGACGACUGCGCGCCGCUCGUCAACGGCCUCAUGGAUCUAUUGGAUGACGCGAACAAGAGCAAGGCAUUAUCCGACGCAUGGAACGGGUAUCGUAUCGAGCGGACGCAGUUUCCCUCCCUCACUCCGGCCUCGUCCUCGACUGUCGGUCUCACCCCUGGCACGGGCUACGCAGGCGCCGGUGCUCGAGGCACGAACCUGCGCAGCAUCAAGCGGUCCUCCGCAGCCUCGUCCAGUCAGGUAUGGGCCAACGUCGAACGGGCUGCAUCCGCAUCCUCCGGUCAUGGGGCGGGCAAACCCGUUGCUCUACGCGAACACUUCCCAUCCCUCUCCACCCCGUCUUCGGGAACACCGACGAUCCCCGGCUCUCUCGCGCACGCCGUCGCGCAUGGCGCAGCAUCACGCGCUGCCGCGCCCGCAGCCAAAUGGAGUGCUGCCUCCACCGCCGUUUCCUCUGGCGCAAGCACGCCACGCCCCUUUGUAGCGCGCGUCCACUCAAGUGGGCGGUCUGUCAACACCAAGUCGAACGCCGCCUUCCCAAGUCUGCCGAGUAACGCAUCGAAAAGUGCGAUCAACGCCCAGCGCAAGGCGCUGUUUGCGAGCAAGAGUGGGGAGGCCACCCCCGCGCCAGGUGGGUCGGGAAGCAGUACGCCAGCGCCCUGGUUGGCGGGGCAAGGUCAGCCAGGGAGGAUCGAUGAUUUUCCAGAGAUCGCGGCGGGAGGGCAAGGGUUGGGUAGUUUGGACGGGCUUAGUGAGGCAUUGGUUGCGUCCCAGGAGGCAGGGGGGAGGAAGAAGAAGGGGAAGGGCGUACAGAUGAUGACGUUUGGCGGUGUGCAUCGGGGCUAG